AUGGAGCAAAGCUACGGCGAAGUGAACCAACUCGGCGGCGUCUUCGUCAACGGGAGGCCGCUGCCCAACGCCAUCCGCCUGCGGAUCGUGGAGCUGGCUCAGCUCGGCAUCCGACCCUGCGACAUCAGCCGGCAGCUGAGAGUGUCCCACGGCUGCGUGAGCAAGAUUUUAGCCCGGUACAACGAGACCGGCUCCAUCCUGCCCGGCGCCAUCGGCGGGAGCAAACCCCGCGUCACCACCCCCAACGUGGUCAAGCACAUCCGAGACUACAAGCAGGGCGACCCGGGGAUCUUCGCCUGGGAGAUUCGGGACCGCUUGCUGGCCGACGGCGUCUGCGACAAGUACAACGUGCCUUCGGUCAGCUCCAUUAGCCGGAUCCUGAGGAACAAGAUCGGCAGCCUUUCCCAGCCCGGCGCGCCUUACGACGCGAGUGGCGGCGGCGGCAACAAGCAACCUGCCCCGCAGCCGGCCCUGCCCUACAACCACAUCUACCAGUACCCUUACCCCAGCGCCGUCUCAGCCUCCGGCACGAAGAUGGGCGGCCACGCCGGAGCAGCUCCCGUCUCCGCGGCCCACGUCAGCCUCCCCCGCUCUUGGCCUUCCGCGCACUCGGUCAGCAACAUCCUAGGCAUCCGCACCUUCAUGGAGCCAAGCGGUGUUUUAGCUGGGACAGAUGGUUCUGCCUAUCCUCCCAAACUCGAAGACUGGCCAAGUGUGAAUAGAACCACCUUCCCUGCUGCCGGGCACGGUGUCAAUGCACUUGACAAAGCAGCGGCAGAAGCAGACAUUAAAUACCCCCAGGCCCCUCCUGGGCUCUCGGCUGUGAGUCCUUUCCUGUCCCCUUGUGCUUACCCAUCAUCAAACCAACCUGGCGUUUAUGGAGGGCCAGGAGGAAGCUACCUAAGUCCAUCUCAUCACCACUGGCAGACCCAAGGUAACCCCUUGGCUCAUCACCACGGGCCUGGAGUAGCUGUUCAUGGUACAGAGCUGGCUUCCACUGUGGCUUUCAAACAUCUCUCCAGAGAAGAUUACCUCUAUUGA